CUUCGGAAAUCCUCUCUCCUCAUCAGAGUUUUCCUUCGCGAUAGCAUAUAUCCAACCGAACGGAACCAAGCGCAUCACAACACAAAAUAUCCAACAACGCAAACAAACAAUUCGAAAACCAAAACUAGCAAGAACAAUCUAUUUAUUCAAAAAAUGAUGUCUCCUAUUAGUGAUUCCCAAACCGAGAGCCGUGCCCGUGCCGCACUUCGUAUGGCACGCCGUGUGGUGGUGAAAGCUGGAACCUCGGUGGUCGCCAAUGCUGAUGGUAGCCCAAGUUUGACACGCCUCGGUGCCAUUGUGGAGCAGAUUGCCGAGCUGAAUCAGGCAGGCAUUGAAGUCAUUUUUGUGUCGAGUGGCGCUGUGGGUAUGGGCAAAAACCUACUCCGUAAGCAAGCUCAUUUGAACAUGUCCUUCAAAGACCUUCAAAUGGGUGGCAACUCAGGUUUGAAUCCAGUCCAGGACGCUGCCAUUGGGGCCACGGGUGUAAACACUGCGGCAGGUCGCCUCAGUCCACACACUAGUAUUGGAGAUCUUCUGACGGUGGAUGAACAUAUGGAAACUUCAGCUGCUAAGAGUUUCGCGGCUGCUGGACAGUUCGAGCUGAUGAAUCUUUAUCAGUCUUUAUUGUCACCCAAGGGCGUUACUGCAUCUCAGAUGCUCUUGACUCAGGCCGAUUUUCACGAUGAACAUCACCUGAAGAACCUUCGCUAUGCCGUGGAGCGACUUCUUAGCCUGGGAAUUGUCCCCAUUAUCAAUGAAAAUGACGCUGUCUCUGUUGUUCAAGGUUAUGACGACGGAAAGCCCGUCUUUACAGACAAUGACUCUUUGGCUGCCCUGUGUGCCCGAACCUUUGGUGCCGAAGUGCUGCUGUUGUUGACUGACGUCGAGGGUGUGUUUAACAUGCCUCCCUCCAAUCCCAAAGCCAAGCUCUUGCCCUUUUACCAUUCAAAAUCUAAUGUGUCCAUUGGAGAAAAGAGUGCCCAGGGUCGCGGUGGAAUGGCGGCCAAGAUCGAGGCAGCACAAAGUGCUGUUCGUCCAGGAUCCAACUGCGCUGCUUGCGUCAUUGCCGCCGGCAGUGACUUGACUUCCAUACGAAGCAUCUUAUCACCUGCGUACGAUCCAGACUUUGGUCCUGCCAAGGGAACUUUGUUUGCCACUUCCGGCAGUGACUUGGAAAAACUAGCAUUGGAGGAACUGGUGAAUGCAUUGGAGGACGAAGAAUCUUGCUCGGAGCUUGCCCGUGAUAUGGCCAUCAAGGCUCGAAAGGAAGCUCGCAAAUUGAUGACGCUGCCACAUGCCACCCGCCAAAGCAUUUUGAAUGCCGUUGCCGAUGCUUUGGUGGAACGACAAGACGAAAUCAUGCAAGCCAACCAGAUGGACUUGGAGGCUGCACAAAAGAACAACACUUCUUUGCAGCUUGUCCGGCGAUUAAAGCUUACUCCCGACAAGAGUGCCACAUUGGAAUCUGGCAUUCGUCAACUGGCUGCCAUGGAUGAUCACCUCGGUGUCGUAAAGGCCAAACGUGAGUUGUCGGAGGGUCUGGAACUAUCCCUGACGACCGUUCCUAUUGGUGUCUUGAUGGUGAUCUUCGAGUCUCGCCCCGAUUCUCUGCCACAGAUUGCCUCCCUUGCUCUGGCGAGUGGCAAUGGAUUGCUCCUCAAGGGAGGUAAGGAGGCACAUCACUCCAAUACAGCCCUCCAUGAAGUCAUUGGUGACGCCAUUGAACGUGGUUCCAACGGAGAAAUCAGUCGUGACAUUGUUGCGUUGGUCACUACCCGCGGUCAGGUCAAGGACCUUUUGGCCCUGGAUGACACCAUUGAUCUUGUCAUUCCUCGUGGAAGCAACAGCUUGGUCUCCUACAUCAAGGCCAACACGCGCAUUCCAGUAUUGGGACACGCGGACGGUGUCUGUCAUGUCUAUGUUGACAAGAGUGCCAAAGAAGAGGAUGCCUGUCGGAUUGCUGUAGAUUCCAAGACCCAUUAUCCAUCUGCCUGUAAUGCAAUGGAGACGUUGCUCCUGCACAAAGACACAUUGGAAAACAAUGUAGCCUUGAAUGUCCUUCAAUCGCUACGAUCUGAAGGUGUCAAGUGUUUGGGGGGGCCUAAGGCAAUGCAGAAUGGUUUGUGCGACCUUGCCACAAACAAGAUGAAGGAAGAGUACGGUGACUUGGUGUGUUUAGUGGAGAUUGUCGAUUCUGUGGAUGAGGCUAUUGACUGGAUCCAUCGAUAUGGAAGUGGCCAUACCGAAGCCAUCGUAUGUGACGAACAGGAUCCCGUGGGAGAAGAGUUCUUGAUGCGUGUGGAUGCAGCUUGUGUCUUUAAGAACACUUCAACAAGGUUUGCUGAUGGCUACCGUUUAGGUCUUGGUGCAGAGGUUGGCGUUUCUACUGGACGGAUUCAUGCCCGUGGACCUGUUGGCGUCGAAGGACUUUUGACAACCAAAUGGCAGCUUCGGUCCUCUGGUGGCGUCGUGAACCUGGCUUGUGAAUUCGACGGAGCAGAGCCCAAGAAGACGUUUACCCACAAAGAGCUGAUUCUUUAAAGUAAUUGUGAGCACCCUCUCACUCGUAGCCUUGUAAACUAAAAGAGAGAUAUAGAAACUUGAGAUGCAACUCAGUUUGACCUUAUUCCACCUGGAGCUACCGGAACGGCCGAACCCAGACCUGAUACCUGUACAUGUAUCGAUAAUCGAUAUCCUGCUGACUUCUUUGCCUUCGAACUGUUGCACCAACCCACCAACCAAAACUUUCUGACCUGCUGCACUUGCACCAACCAAAACAUACCAGUAUGUUGAGUGUGUUCUGUCUAUCAGGACUUCUGACUUGACUCGCCUGUUGAAAGUACACGCAUGAAGUGAAGUAGUCGGAGUGGAGCGGGAGUGCUGAGA